AACGUAUGGUUCUGGAAAGCGGAAACUGCCUGUUUUUGUUCACAACUAGAAGAACAUCUGACACACGAGCAGUGAGAGGCCCCACUGGGCUCAGAAGCAGAGGCAACAUUCAAGGACCCCUGAACUCAAGGAUCCCUGGAAACUGACCUGUGAAACAGUUUGACAAAUAAAGGCGAUUUCUACUUCGGUCCCUCUUUGAGUGAGCGCCUCAUCAACAUGAAAUACAGUCUCCACUUGACCUUCAUGUGUCUGAGUCUCUUCACUCCAAGGAUAUGUAUCCAGGGGAAUCAGUUCAACGUCGAGGUCAGCAGAAGUGACAAGCUCUCCCUGCCCGGCUUUGAGAAUCUCACAGCAGGAUAUAACAAAUUUCUCAGGCCCAAUUUUGGCGGAGAACCAGUUAAGAUAGCACUGAGUCUGGACAUUGCAAGUAUUUCUAGUAUUUCAGAGAGUAAUAUGGACUACACGGCCACCAUAUACCUCAGACAGCGCUGGACGGACCAGCGGCUGGUUUUUGAAGGCAACAAGAGCUUCACUCUGGAUGCGCGUCUCGUGGAGUUCCUCUGGGUGCCAGACACUUACAUUGUGGAAUCUAAGAAGUCCUUCCUCCAUGAAGUCACUGUGGGAAACAGGCUCAUCCGCCUCUUCUCCAAUGGCACAGUCCUGUAUGCUCUCAGAAUCACAACGACUGUUGCGUGUAACAUGGACCUGUCGAAAUACCCCAUGGACACACAGACAUGCAAGUUGCAACUGGAAAGCUGGGGCUAUGAUGGAAAUGACGUGGAGUUCAGCUGGCUGAGAGGGAACGACUCCGUGCGCGGGCUGGAAAACCUGCGGCUUGCUCAGUACACCAUACAACGGUAUUUCACCUUAGUCACCAGAUCGCGACAGGAAACAGGAAAUUAUACACGACUGGUCUUGCAAUUUGAGCUUCGGAGAAAUGUCCUGUAUUUCAUUUUGGAAACCUACGUUCCUUCCACUUUCCUGGUGGUGUUAUCCUGGGUUUCAUUUUGGAUUUCCCUUGAUUCAGUUCCUGCAAGAACCUGCAUUGGAGUGACCACCGUAUUGUCAAUGACAACACUGAUGAUCGGGUCCCGCACUUCUCUUCCCAACACCAACUGUUUCAUAAAGGCCAUCGAUGUGUACCUGGGCAUCUGCUUCAGCUUCGUGUUUGGGGCCCUAUUGGAAUACGCGGUUGCCCACUACAGCUCCUUACAGCAGAUGGCAGCCAAAGAUAGGGGGACGGCAAAGGAAGUGGAAGAGGUCAAUAUUACUAAUAUCAUCAACAGUUCCAUCUCCAGCUUUAAACGGAAGAUCAGCUUUGCCAGCAUUGAAAUUUCCGGUGAUAAUGUUGACUAUAGUGACUUGACAAUGAAAACCAGUGACAAGUUCAAGUUUGUGUUCCGAGAUAAGAUGGGCAGGAUUGUUGAUUAUUUCACAAUUCAAAACCCCAGUAAUGUUGAUCGAUAUUCCAAAUUACUCUUUCCUUUGAUUUUUAUGCUAGCCAAUGUAUUUUACUGGGCGUACUACAUGUAUUUUUGAGAGUACGUUGAAUUGCUUGCAUGUCAUGGUUCUUCAACAGAACAAGGUAAUGAUGUAAAUGGUAUUCUAAGCCAAGUGUGUGUGCUAACCCAAUGGAGCUACAAGUGACUAAGAUGACAUUUGAACUUUUCUCCUCAAAGAAUAUUCCCCCAACCAUUAUUUAAGCUGUGUAGAAGUCCUAGUGUUACAGAGUCUUGUAAUAGAAACAUCAACUCAUUCCCUUUUUAUCUUUACCAAAGACAUCCCCAUGGAGCCUAAGAUUAUAAACCUACUCAGAGUUGACUAUUUGCUCAGUGGCUCCCUGGUCUGCAUUUACCUCAUAUAAAAAAUGAGAAGGAAACUAUUAUAUGUAUUGAGUAACCCUCAAGUGUCAGUGGUUGUUUCUAAAUUAAUCAUACAUGCUAUUUACUAAAUCUCUGCAGUGCUUAUAAAAUGCAUUGUUACCUAUUUAGGGAGUAACAUUUUCUAGUUUUUGUUUUUGAUUAAAAUGAAAUGUGGGCUUAAGUCAAUUCACUGGAAGUCACUGCACUAACUCAAUACUGAGAUGAGUUUUUAAUACAGUAUUUAAUACCACGGCAGAAUCGUCCCCAAAUUCCAAUAAGUUCCGCCAUUGAAAAAUCAAAUGUAAAUGACGAAAACGUUAAUGGAUCAAUAGUCGCAAACAUAAAAUUGUUUCUAAGAUAUAAUGCAUUUCCCUGAAUCCAAACUGAAAGGGCUCUGGGGCUUCAUUCCCCCAUUUGAUAUGUCUUAUCAUUUUACUAUUAUACAUACACCAGUCCUCAACAAUGCGAAAGACCUUUCCCCACAUCAGGCAUGGAAAUGGAAGAUUUUUUAACUGAUUCUAAGGAGUCUUACUUUGAACUGAGUCCAUUUCUAUCUGCUUCUCUGACACUGAGCACCACUUUCCCAGCAGCAGAUCUCCUGCAUCUUUCCAAGAGGAGCUCUUAUUCCUAUGCUCUAGUGACCAGGAAUGAUGCUUAUUAGAUCAUGAACUGCAUUACUCAGAAAUAAGUGGCUUAGAACAAGUAAGCUUGGCCUUGCUCGGAACCCUGAUCCUUCUGGCUGGAUUACUUGGAGUAGCUCAUCCUGCAUGAGUAGGAGAAUGUUGGCCCUGAGUCCUGAACUUCCUGAGUAACAAGGGGACUUGUUCCAGAACCUACAUGCAGGCUGCAGAAGAACUAUCUUUUCCAAGUCCAGUCACUCUCACCCUAACACAAGAAGCACAUUAUGUGCACCCGUGCUCCUUGGUCAAGCUCAGCCGACAGCAUUAUUAAGUGGAGAUUUGCCAGUGUGUCAUGAUAAAGGCUUCAGUUCAGCCUCAAUCUUCAUAAGAAGAAUCUCACCAUCUUUCAUUCUUUAGCUUCCUUUUCUGAUAAAUGUAUGCCUUUACCUUUUUUUUUUCCAGAAAUAAACCAUUGCUUCUCUUUUCUAUAACCCCCUGUACCAUAGGCUCUCGUUCUUUUUCGCUUUUUGAUAAUUCUCACAAUUCAGGGUGUGUGGGUAUAAUCACUUGAGCUUUUAACAAAAUGUUUCUAAUGGGAAUGAGGGAAUUAAAAGAGAUGGAAUGUGGUUGUCUGGUUCAAUCAUAUUUGUGAUUUUUUUAAAAAGGGUUUAAAAGGAAAUAUCUGCUCUGAAACCCCAUUCAAGUGCUACAUAUUUUUUUAAAAAGCUGUAAAUGGGUGGGGCGCCUG